UGUACACAAAUCAAUUUAGACAGAUUAGUCAUCAAAAAUGUUGCAAUUUCAUGAUUUUCAGCAUCAUGACGGACCUUAUAGGACCUGAUUUUAAUUAUGGCAGCAAAUGAUUAUCCUAGCCGACCACUAGAAAUUGUAAAACCAAGAUCCAAGUCGGCUGUAGCCGGUCCUGGGUCUUCAGAAACCACCCUUGGUGCUAGUGUCUACCUCCCAGUCACUACAGUCAAGAAAGAUUACGGUCCAUCUGAUUCUGGCCUGUUUGCUGAUGAAGACAUUAGGUUUAUGGAUGAAUCUGGAUCUAUGCCGAAUCUGCAUCUGAAACACAGUAAUGAGAUAAAAUCGUCCGUGUCGCCCUCAAGUCAUUCCAAGCCUCCUUCUUCCCCCGUCAAGCCCAUGAUGUCGGUCGAAACUGUCCAGUCGCUCGUUGCUACAGUGCCCAGUCAUAGAACGCAUAGUUCAACAUCGCUCCGAUCUGAUGGCUCCUUCUCCAAGAUCGAAGACGAGGAGAUAAUUGUGUUCACUGAGGCACCAAACAAGAAACUGUUUUGCCGUUUAUGUAAUCAUGUGUUCAAAGAUCCUGUGAUAACUGCUUGUGGUCACACCUACUGUCGAAAAUGUGUCACUUCCAGACCAAAUGGAACCUGCCCGGUGGACAACAAUGCACUGAACGUUGUCGUGGCCAACCUUGCUGUAUCUGAACAAAUCGGGGAGCUCUACAUCCACUGCUGCCAUGGCUGUAAACCCAAAGUCGCCGACUCGGGGUACGAAUAUGAUGAGAGGGGCUGUCCAGUGACUAUGAGGCUCAACAGUAGGAAUGACCAUGAAGAAAGCUGUGAAUAUGCUCCUGUACCAUGUCCUAAUAAUCCAAAUUGUCCAUUAGUUAUCAAAAAGGAUUUGGCUGCACACGUCCGAGCUUGUCAACACGUCCGAUGUCCGCACCACAAGUACAGCUGUGAUUUCAAUGGAACUCAGGAAGAACUAGUGGAACAUUUAGAAACUUGUAAAUUCGAAGGCAUGAAAGAUUUUCUCCAGCGCACAGAUGACAGGAUUGCCGAAUUACAAUUCUCCGUCAGCCAGAAGGACCAAGAGAUCUGUUUCCUGAGGUCCAUGUUGGGGAAAGUGUCGGAGAGACUUGAUAUGUUGGAGGAAAAAAUUGAGACAGUUGAAGACAAGCAGAUCAAGAACAGAUCAGUUGUUCAGGAAGAACUUGCUCAUAUUAACAAUCGGCUCAACCACGAUGUAGCAAUGGGAGCGUAUGAUCCACAGCAAAUCUUCAAGUGCAAGGGUACAUUCGUCGGGCAUCAAGGUCCAGUCUGGUGUCUGUGUGUGCAUGGUGAUUACCUUUUCAGUGGUUCGUCAGAUAAAACCAUCAAGACAUGGGAUCUGUCCGCUAACUACAAGUGCCUGAGGACAAUGGAGGGUCACACUGGUAUCGUACUGGCCUUGACCGUGUUUGGUAACAGACUAUACAGUGGAUCACAAGAUACAACAAUUAUGGUUUGGGACAUGGAAACGCUGCAAGAGAUCAAAGUGAUCGAAGCUCAUGAGAAUCCUGUGUGUACGCUGUGCUGUGAGAGAGACAUGCUGUUUAGUGGAUCGCUAAAGGUUAUAAAGGUGUGGGAUGUACAUACCCAUCAGUUGAAACGUGAGAUCUCGGGUCUGAACCAUUGGGUGCGAGCUCUAGUCUCGUCGAACAAUUACCUCUAUUCGGGCUCGUAUCAAACAAUCAAGAUCUGGAACAUCAACACGUUCGAGUGCGUGAAGAUGCUGGAGACCUCUGGUGGCAGCGUUUAUUCCAUGUGCAUCACAAACCACCACAUUCUUUGCGGCACCUACGAAAACUGUAUUCAUGUUUGGGAGCUGGACUCCUUUGAUCAAGUAACCACCCUAGUGGGUCACUCAGGAACUAUUUACGCUCUUGCUGUUUUACAAACUCCUGCUGGUAUCAAAGUAUUCAGUGCGUCGUAUGAUCGAUCACUCAGGGUGUGGAGCAUGGACAAUAUGAUCUGCACACAGACGCUCGUUCGCCACCAAGGCAGUGUGGCAUGUCUAGCCAUCUCUCGGGGACGCGUUUUCUCUGGGGCGGUCGAUAGCACAGUUAAGGUCUGGCAGUAACCACACGAUGCUGAUGUGAUUUCUAACAGUAUUAAAACAAGCACAAAGUCUCAUGGAUUCUGUCUCAGCUAGUGAAAGAAGGAAAACUCUGCCCAAAUGGGGCCGACUCUUUCGUGGUGGUAGAAUUGAGCUACAGUAGCAUGGGGUAGUUCUUUUUUCAGUUGGUUACCAAACAAGAUAGAGUAACAUGGGGCAGUUAUUUGCCAGUUUGUUACUAUGAAACAUACAUUUAACAUGGGGCAAUAUUCUUUGCUAGUUGGUGAGAUAGAAAACUGUAGUACCAUUGACACUUCUUUGCAGUUAAUGAUAAACGGAAGAAACAGUAACAUGGGGCAAUUAUUUGCCAGUUAGUAAAAACAAUUGUAUGGUAACUUGGGGCAGUUAUUUGCCAGUUGAUAUAAAAAGAUUAUGCUGAUCACAAGGGACUCUUUUUUUCCCGUAGUUGUACAGAAUAGCUGCAAAAAGAUGGAACUGGUAAAGAAGAAAUAUAUGGUUACAUGGGGCAAUUCUUUUCCAGUUGGUAGAAAGGAAAGGUACGGUAAAAUGGGGCAAUUUGUCAUCUGGUAAAAGAGAAGUCUUCAGUUACGCCGAGCUUCUCUUUGCCUUUCUGUUUCCAAACUUCUUUCGGAGAUUAUAUUGGAAAGUGAUUUUGAAAAUUGUGAAAAUGAACACUGUAUUGCUUUAAAUAUGUAUAUUUUACAAAUGUCAUACUGAAACACAUACAAUUGUGUAAAGAUUUUUCAGUGGCAAAUAUUUUGGGAAGAGUAACUUUUAGAAAUUGUGAAAGUGGCCUCUAGAUUUUAUAGAACAAAUAUUUUAUUGUACUGAAAUCUCGGUAAAGUUGGGAAAAUAUCUCCUUCCAUUGUUUUAUUCAGAAUUCUUCAAUCUGUGAUGAGAAAAUUAGAUGGAUUGGAUGGAUUUCUACCAUGAUUGAUUUAGCACAUCAAAUUUUAGCAUAUACGCGUUCAACUUGCACCAGGAAAAUGGAAGGCACAUCUGCAAAUGAAAGCAAAAACAGUGGAAACUCUAGGUAUCCUACUCUAUGUAUGUUCAGAAAGGUUUUAAGAGUGUAUGCUACCUACUUUAAAGAUACUGGCAAAAAAUUUGCAAGUGAGCGCAAUAACUCAAUUUGGGGCCAACUUACAAAUUGGAAUUGUUGCCUGACUGAUUAUUUGAUAACCAUAUAUUUUGUAUAAAUUGCAUAAUCACUCUUUAAACUGUCUCUUUAAAGGGUGCGCUGUUCUUAAUCAUUGGUGGUCUAGGAAAAUAGAAAUGCAUUUAUACACAAUGCCAUAGUGCAGUUACUAUUAUGCAUACAAAUUCGCUGAAACUUGGUUUUCAUAGUACAUUGUGUAUUUCUAUAUUUGCUGAAAGUUCAGUGCGUGUAUAUCUUGUUGGAAAUUUUAAAAUCUUGUUACAAAUUUUAAAAUCUUGUUACAAAUUUUAAAAUCUUUAACUUACAGCGUAGGCCUUUGAAAAUUGUUCUGUCCAGAGGAUCACAGUGUUUUUUUCAUCUGGUUGGUACACCCAAGCUUAAUUUUUAACAUGGCCUUUACAUGUAGCUGUACAUCAUAUAUCAAGUUCAAUCCAAAUCAUUGCUCGCUUAUUUUCUAUAACUGCAUGUCGAGUUGGCCUGAAAGCCCCAAUUUUAAUAUUCCAUCAUGUCAUUUCUUUGAUAAAGCUUAGCAAUUCUUUACUUACAUUUACAUGUAUGUCAAUUUCACCCUGUGUGGUUUUAGCUUCUUUGACAGAAAGGUGGAGUCCAGCGCCUUUUUGUGCCAACAGUUAUUUUUUUUAUUCCUUGAUUGUAAUGGUCGUUUUUGCUGUGCGCGUCAACACACCAGACCUUGUACCCUGACUACUUUGGACAAGCAGAUAUUACUGAUGCAAGCAAUGCAGUUGUUAGUUCAGAUAUGGAUCCGAGAACAGGUUGUUUCUCUGGUUUAAAUCAUCAAGUCAAAUUGAUUGUUACCAGGCAUACCAGACAUUGAAUAUGCAUGGUUUCAGUGCAUUUUUUACGACAGGCAAUGCAAUAUCUGUCAUCGUCAAAAUGCCACAUUAUAAUAAAAAUGAGUCUUUUAUAUAGCGCAAUUCCGUGACACUAUAGUUCUCGCUCAAAGCGCUUUGGGAUAUCAUAUUAUUACCCCGGUCUCCACAGAAAUUAAUCAGAGGUUUCAAGGAGCAACCAGAAGGUGCUCACUUGAACUCGACCAGUAGGGGAACUAAGCAGUGACUCGGCCGGGAGUCGAACCCACGACCUCCUGAUCAUGAGGCCGACUCUCUUGCACUGCACUACCGCUGCCCCGUCAAAAUGCCACAUUGUUCUCGUUGUCUGAUAAACAUCUGAACCUCACAAAUAUCAAAACUUGUUAUUGGCAAUUGUCAAUUGCUAGUGUUUUUUGGAGCUGGAAUUUGGUUCGUUCAGGCCAUUUAAAGAAGCAAAAAAGAAAAGCUUAAACUGCAGAGUAUUAUUUUUUUAACUGCUACUACUUUUAUGUGCGGUGCAAAAAUGUAUAGUCUUUUACAUAAUGCAUGUGUAUUAAACUGGGUUGUUGCUACGCCCCCCAAUAGUCGAAGUUGUGUAAAAAAAACAUCUGAAAACAUCUGUCUGGCUUUGUGUAGAAACAUCAUUCAAUGAAUACAGGAAGUCAUAUGAAAGUAGGAUUGACUGCCCAGAGAAAAAGGUAUUGCCCUCAAAUAUCGGAAAUGGCCAUUUUUACUGAUCUGUAAAUACGUUUUUACUGAUCUGUAAAUAAGUAUAUUAUAACAUACUAUAAAAGACAAUACGCUUUUGAGUUUGAACAACUGGGCCAAGGCAGGUGGUGAUGUCACUUUUUUUUCGUUCCUGGGUACGCCACCAAGGACCUAUAAUGCUUGAAAUGUACGCAAUGUAUAAAAAUGAAAUGAAUGAUGAGUGAAGUUUACACUCAUAUACCGCAAAAUUCAAAAUGACUUUGCUCUACAGGGUGGCCCAGAAUUAUUUUCCCUCACACAAUGGAUACACAAUAGAAUUCUAUUGUCCAGAGGAGAAUAAUUCUGACCCACCCUGUAUAAAUGCAGCGCUUCAACAACAUUGUCUGAACAGCUGGGUUUUUAGCCCACGCCUGAAAAUGGUAACAGUCUUAGCCUUUUGAAUAUCAUGACUGAGCUCAUUCCAAAGUCUAGUCACCAGCACAAGGAAGCUCCUGCCACCGUACGUCUCAAGGCGAUACCCGGGGACCAUUCAUUUAUGAAGACAUAGGGUUCUUUUCUCGCUGAUCAUGUAGUUUUAUUUAUCAUUUAUUCAUCUGUGAAAAACAAAUGCCUAUGUCUUCAGAAGAAAGGAUUUAAAUCCACUGCGAAAGAAAUUCCAUAUGUAAAAAUGUACCGAGAAAUUUCACGCCAUGACAGAAUGUCUUAACGUUGAAGUUGGUGAGACGUAGCCUAGGGACACCACCUGGGGCCAAGGUGUAUAAAAAAUGAAACGAAUCAGUCAAGGAAGUGCCUCUUCAGAAUUAUUGACAAGCUAAAUGAGGAUUUCUAAUAGCAAAUAAGAUUUGUAUAUGUAUUCUAAUGAAAUGAUAAAAA